AUGUUUUGCGAUCCCCCUACAUGCCUGCAGCAGUACAUAUGGUCCUUGCCCCACUCAGUAAAGCCAAAAGCGCUGCCCGCAGCAGCGCAGCAGCAGCGCAGCGGGAACGACGCUCUGGGUCAAGGCAGGGCAGAGAACCCAUCGCAUGACAUGUCGAACCUGAGCUACCAUCAGCCUAAGGUGGAGCUCAAGCCCACGAGGCUGCUGGCGCGCACGAUCUACGCCCACCACAGCUACGUUUCAAGCGUCGCGUUCUUUGGAUCCCAGUGCGACCGUCUCCUCACAGGCAGCUACGAUGAAACCGCGAAGCUUUGGGACCUCAAGACCGGACUCGCCCUCCAGAAGUUCCAGGGCCACACCGACGGCAUAACCUUCGUCAUGCCGGGCCCCGACGGCCGAGUCCUGACGGCCAGCGAGGAUCGCACCCUGCGCGUUUGGGACGUGGAGACGGGCGAGUGCCUCCGCGUCAUCCGCUCCCACAGCGGCGCGGUCACCUCACUCUGCCUGGCCGGGCCCGACCGCAUCGUCACCGGCUCAUCCGACAGGAAGCUCCGGGUGUUUGACGUCGCCGGCCAUCUCCACGGCGAGACCGAGCUCGACAGCGAGAUCACGGCCGUCGCCGGCUCCGACGGCCCCCCCUCGCCCUCGUCCUCGUCCCCGGCCCCGGUCGUGCCGUCAGUGGUUCGAAUCCUCGCCUGCGGGGGAACGUUCCUCCCGGCCCCGGCCAAGCCAAUGCUGCGCCGCGUGGACGUAAGGACGGCGGCAGCUGCGGCGAGGGCGGACCAAGCGGGGGGAGAGGAGGCCGAUGUCGUGAGCCGGCCCGCGAGGUCGGACCUGUGCGCCGCCGCCGCCGGUCGGUCAGAGCGCAACGGCGAGAACGAAGAGAGGGAGGACGAGGAGGAAGACGAGGACGAGGACGAGGACGACGCGCGCGGCGGUGGCGAGGCGGCGGUGAAGGAGGCCGGGAUCAUGACGUGCGUCGCGAUCUCGGCGGCUGGGGCGAGGGGGAGGGGAAUCCUCGUGACGGGUUCCUACGACAAGGGCGUGCGCGUGCUCCACAACGUCCUGUGCCCGGACCGCGAGAACCCGCCGUCAUCGUCUGAUGAGGACGGGGCGGCGCCGCCGCCGGUAACCAUGCGGAUGCUGGGGCGCCACGAGGAAGGGGUGCGGGCGGUAGCCAUCUCGGCGGACGGUCGGUGGGCGGUGACCGGCGACCGCAAGGGCAUCGUCAAGGUGUGGGAAGUCCCUCGGGAGGCGCCGCCGGGGGCGGAUCGCGAGCCGUUGUCGUCGGACGGGGCGGCGGAGGCCGAGUUCGAAGCGCACAAGGGCUACGUCUACUCGCUUUGCAUGUCGCCGGAUGCACGCACGGUGGUGAGCGGGGGGUCUGACAAGGCCUUCCGGGUGUGGGACCUGUCGCUGAUCGUGUACGCGAGAAGAAUGAGCCUCAACCGGUUGAGGGCGCUCUGGACGGCCGAUCGCCUCCGCCGCGCGCGGCUAAAGCGUAGCAGCAGCGGCGGCGGCGGCGGCGGCGGCGGCGGUUCUUCGUCGUCGUCUCCGAGGAUGAUGGGAGGCGCAAGGGGGGGCGGGGGCGGGGGUAAGGCUGGCGCGCAGGUCUUGAAGGCGUUCGGCAACAGCAGGGAGCAACGGCAACAGAUCCUCGAGAGCCUGUUCGCCCUCCCCGAUAUCAUCUACGCCAAGGUUCUCAUGUACGUGUGAAAAAACAAACCUGAUGCGUCGUCAAAGCUUGCGACGAGGGACAAAUGUUGCUAGGCGGAUGGUGCUACGUUCACAGGCGGCGGGCGAUGGGUCAGUUGUACGGGUAACGAGGCCGCUAGUGGUGAGCGAUUUGAGCCUGCCAUGCCCUGCAUGGGAGCGCGCGGGGUAUGGGGGCGGAUAGAGGACCUGUCUCCGUUUCCUGCGGAGAUGGGGCGUCGAGAGGAAGGGCUGACAGGGGUGCCGCGACUGUGGCCUGAUUUCGGCGGGGGGGGGCGCGUUUGGGGUGUACGCGCGGCGAGUGAAAGUCGAAGAUGCGAGGAACAGGAUGUUUUCGUUGAACUGCUUUCCCGGUUUGUGUCGCAUCGGGCAGGCAAGGACCAGCAGAUGCCGCCUACCGGUCUUGAUGUGUUUGUUGGUCUCUGAUGUUUGGAUGUUGUGGAUGUAGUCGAGUCGUGGCUGGUUAAUCUGAGGAGGAGGAGGAGGAGGAGGAGGAGGAGAGAAGGAGGAGCAGGGACACGCCCAUGGCCUAUAAUAGUAUUCUUGUGUCGCCAGGAACUUGGUGGGUAGUUGACCGCUCUCGUGCUUUAGUCGGGACCGCCCUUGCUCAUUCGUUGCUUGGUUGGCCUGCGGUGAAUACUCUAAAACCAGAACACCUUCUUUCCCUCCAAAAGAUGAAGAAAGCGGUAGAGAUCUGAUGACAUCGUCUGGUGUGUGUAUGGCGUUCAUGAGUGCCUUGUGUGUGUGAUUACCCCCAUCUACUCGGGGCGCUAGUUUGCACACCGUCCGGCAUGUGCUUGACGCACCAGCCGGGGUAAUAGGAGGAAGGAAGUAAACACAGUGUAGUGUGUGUGUGAGAGUAUGCCAAGGUACAGUGGCGUGCAUGGGUUUGCUCGAGUGUGGGCUGUGUGUUUGACGUCUUCCGCAGAGGUAUUCGAGGCAGCAUGGAAUGCUAUACCCUGGAAGCAGGCACUUCCGCUGAAGCUUUGGUCCAUCUCAACAGCCACCUCCGUGAGUUUCCAGGAGCAGAGGGCGGGCGAGGUGUGUAUGUGUGUGUGUGUGUGCUUUUAUUAUUACCAUCGACCGCGCUAACCGGCUGACCAAUGAAAAGACGUCAGUCUUAGUGCGGUGGGAAACACAAUAUGUUUCUAUAGUCCACUAUCUGGGACCCCGGGACCGAGCGUCGUAGGGGGAGCUACGCUAUUCUCAGGAUUAAAGACAGAUACCGUAGUAAUAAUAGAAGAAAACUGCACGUGUCUACUAAGACUGUCACCCUGCACUCGACUUCGUUUAGGAGUGCUCUCACUAUCAUUCUUGUUGCUUUCACCACUACUACCAUCACUAUCCUCAUCGUCAUUUUGGCAGCAACUUUUUGGCAGCUCUUCUUCUUGUCUGUCUCUCCGUCUUUUGUUGUGCGGGAGGUCCUCUGGCUCGAAGCUCUUGCUCUCUUCCACGCCAUGAUUCCCUGUGUGUGUGUGUGUGUGUGUGUGUGUGUGUGUGUGUGUGUGUGUGUGUGUGUGUGUGUGUGUGUGUGUGUGUGUGUGUGUGUGUGUGUGUGUGUGUGUGUGUGUGUGUGUGUGUGUGUGUGUGUGUGUGUGUGUGUGUGUGUGUGUGUGUGUGUGUGUGUGUGUGUGUGUGUGUGUGUGUGUGUGUGUGUGUGUGUGUGUGUGUGUGUGUGUGUGUGUGUGUGUGUGUGUGUGUGUGUGUGUGUGUGUGUGUGUGUGUGUGUGUGUGUGUGUGUGUGUGUGUGUGUGUGUGUGUGUGUGUGUGUGUGUGUGUGUGUGUGUGUGUGUGUGUGUGUGUGUGUGUGUGUGUGUCUUGUACUAGCAUCGGCCCCGCUGACCGAUGAAAACACGCAAGUCUAGUAGAGAGGGGGCGGGGGUGUAUGUGUACUUGGAUCUUUGUCGAGUUCUUCGUAUCUGAAGCGCGGGCGGAAACCGACGGAAUUGCCUGUGUGUCUCGCGCUCGACAUCUGGCUCGGCACGGGUCUGAGGAGCGGGGAAGGCGCCAUUUAUCGGUGCAAGUCGAGCUGUGUGUGCCUGGGCUCUCUCGCGGGACAGGAGAGGAAAAAGACGGACGGGGCGCUCGUAGAAGGGUUGUCCACCACCGUGCGAGCGUGUGUGAAGCGGGGAGUAAAUGCCGCAGCGAAGGUGCUCGGGACUCUCUCGUCCUGCAGUUCACGAUGCGAGUAAGGUCGGUCUCGACCCCUGUCCAUGGAUUGGUCAAAGUUUCGUUCUGGACAGCAGGCACUUGACUGGAGGCUCUUGCAAGUUUAUACGAACGAGUUAGGUUUGCUCAAUUGGGCGUUUCUUUGACACUGGCCACAGGAGGAGGCGUUGUAAUACUAUGUGUACCCCAGGAAACCGCCUCUAACAAGU